UUAGUUAGAAUUUAUUUUAUUCACAGGGGGGUUUACGGUUUUCUUUCCAAAGGGAUUAUAUCUCUCUCUAUAUAUAUAUAUUUAGGGUGGCUUCAGUCAUGAAGCAGCUAGGUUAGAAGGAGAAAAAGUGUCUGUGUGUAUAAAAUAAAAACUUGGCUGCAAGAAUGACAGUCACUUGAAAUGCCAAGACAAAGCAGCAAUUCUGGAUGGCUUUGCCAGUCCAUUUUAAAAGCCACAUAAGCUGUCUUCUUCCCCUGUAAGACCCCACUGUGGACUUAGUGCACAGAGAGCAAACCCCGCUCAGCCUGAGCUGCCCAUUCCCGCAGCCGCGGCUGCCAGCAGAGGAUGUCUUCAGAGCCAGUGUCGGAAGCCGAUGCCAGCAGGAGAGGCCUCAAGAAGCCGUGUUCAUUCAGCAUUGAGGACAUCCUCUCCAGCCCGGCAGAGAAGAGUCCCCAGGUCCUGGCCCCACUGUGCCUCCAGAGCAUCUUGGACUGCGCACCCAAGGGGCUGUGUGAGCUGGAGACCAUCCAGGCCAGCUCCCUGCAGGAGGAGGAGGAGGAAGAGGAGGAGGAAGAGCUGGAAGGGGCCGGCUGCAACUGCUGCUGCUGUUCUCACACGACUGCCCGUUCCUUGCAGGACUCAGUGAGUUGGCUGGACGCCCAGUUCCCCUGGCCCAUGCGGCUCUUCCACUCAACGGUCAGGGUCUGUAAAAGUCCACAGGGGAACUCGAGUGAGCUGCAGACUUUCCACCAGAUCCAGCGCCGGACACGCCGGCACCGCACCAUAUUCACUGAAGACCAGCUGCAGGCCCUGGAGACACUUUUCCAUCAGAACCAGUACCCGGAUGUCAUCACCCGCGAGCACCUGGCAAACCGCAUUCACUUGAAGGAGGAGAGGGUAGAGGUUUGGUUUAAAAACCGGCGUGCCAAGUGGCGGCAUCAGAAGAGGGUGUCUGCUUCAGCACUGCUUCUUCAAGGCACCAAGAAGCCCUCGGAGGAGAGCCGUUAGUGGCUGCAGGACGCAUCUCUGCAGAUGAACACCAAGAGCAUCCAUUUCUUGUAGCUGACAGGCACCAUAGGGGGGUAAUCUGAGGGGAACUAGUGAAGCACAGGGAAUCUCUGUGAUUCCACAGGACAGGUAAAAGCAGACAUGGCACUUUCACAUCCCAGUUUCUCCUCCAAACCUAGUUCACAUAGCAAAUAACUCACCAGGCAUGAUCCUCAGAUGCUUAAGCAGAAACCGCUGCCAAAAGCCCCUGCUGGGGCAGAGCUGUACCCAUGUUAAAUGCCUGUGCUUCGGGAGAAGGGGAGAGUCCUCCUCCUGUCUCUGCCCUGUGCAGCCAGUAGCUGUGCUUGUUUUACUGCUGUAGAUCUGCAAAUUAUCCUGCAAAUGAAUGUUUCCUGUUUUCAGCACCAUGAUGGCAUCUAGAGUUGCUCUUGGGGUUGAGCUUACCGAACAGGCCAUGUGUUACUUGACAAAUGAACAUGGACUCAUCCCUAAAGCCCAUGGGAGAGGUGACCCAUGUGUUGGCGGUGAGCAGGUCCGGCACAGCCAGUGUUCAGGUCAUGCCAGUGGCUCCCCACCAGCACGAGGGGUGCCGGUGUCCCAGCAGGGCGCGGGGGGUGCCGGUGUCCCGGCAGGGCUCAAGGGGUGCUGGUGUCCCGGCAGGAUGUGAGGGGUGCCAGUGUCCCGGCAGGGCCAAGGGGAAACCAUGUCCUGUAAAGCUGCCAGAGAGAUAAAACUGACCCGGCACCGCGUGUGUGCUGUGCUGAGCCGGU